GAAUCCAGCUACCACCACCCAAAGCCAGCGUCUGCUUUCUGUCCUCAUUUCCUUUUCCCACCCAGCUUGGAGAGCAGAGAAAGGCAGAGAGAGCGAGAAAUAGAGACAGUCUGAGAGACAGACAGACAGCCAGAGAGAGCGGGAGGGAGGAGGGCGGAGGAGGAGGAGCAGGAGGACUACGCGGGGCGCGUUCCCUCCCAGCAGCCGGGCGCCCGCGUCGCUGCCACCGCCGGAAGACAGACGUCCCCCCAAACCCCUCGCCUGGCUCGGACCCACGGAGCCGGCAGCCCAGCACUCCGAUGGGAGCUUGCCUGAUUGUCAACCCAUCGGCCUGGACCCCAGAGCCCACCCAGCUGAGCGUGUGCAGAGGGCCCCGAGUGCGGGGCGACGCUCAGGCCGUUGCAGAGACCACCCUGGAGAUGCUGAUGAAGACAGGCCUUUCCUGCUGAGCCCGGCCUAUCUGCGCAGCCUGCUCAGAAAGGGGAACUGAGGCUCAUGGAUAUACAGUGAGUCCUACCUCCUAGCCUGAGGACUCUUCCCUGCGCCUUGAUGACCUGAGAGAACUGGGAGGAGAAAGGGGUUGUGACAAUGACCAGGACUCAGGGCAGAGGUGGAAACCAGAGUGCCUGAUGUGUGCAGCUGCUGACCCCCCAGGACACCUCUCUACCGGAGUCUGUGGAAGCAGAGAACUGGGAGGCCAAGGAUUGGUAUGAAGAAUUAAAUGAAACGAUGCCUGGACAGCUUCCAGCCCAGUACCUGGCGCGCAGUAGGUGCUCACUAAACCUGAGCUGCGAUGGUCCUUUCCAGGCGCUGUCCACGCCCCGAGGCCUGGGCUCAGGCCGAAGUUGCUCCACAGCACCCCCAGCUGACAGCCAGCGACUGGCAGAGCCCCCAGACACGGGGGCCCUCUCUCUUCCAGAGAUCUCCAGUGUGACAGCCCAGGCGGCAGAGCCGAGGGUCCUGGUCCCGGCUUCUCGCACCCUCAUGUCAGCCCCGGCCCCGCCCGGCGGCCUGCGGAGGACAAGGUCAGGAUGCGUGUGAAGCCCCAGGGCCUGGUGGUGACUUCCAGUGCCGUGUGCAGCUCUCCUGACUACCUCCGGGAACCCAAGUACUACCCCGGCGGCCCCCCCACCCCCCGGCCCCUGCUUCCCACCCGGCCCCCUGCCAGCCCACCCGACAAGGCCUUCUCCACCCACGCCUUCUCCGAGAACCCACGCCCACCCCCACGCCGGGACCCCAGCACCCGGCGCCCACCAGUCCUUGCCAAGGGGGACGACCCGCUGCCCCCACGGGCAGCCCGUCCUGUCUCACAGGCCCGCUGCCCCACACCGGCCGGAGACGGCAGCAGCUCCCGACGCUGCUGGGACAACGGGCGGGUGAACCUGCGACCAGUGGUGCAGCUGAUUGACAUCAUGAAGGACCUGACACGCCUCUCCCAGGACCUGCAGCACAGUGGUGUACACCUGGACUGUGGUGGGCUCCGACUGAGCCGCCCGCCUGCACCGCCACCCGGCGACCUACAGUACAGCUUCUUCUCCUCACCCAGUUUGGCCAACAGCAUCCGUAGCCCUGAGGAGCGGGCCACCCCACACGCCAAGUCGGAGCGGCCCAGCCACCCCCUCUACGAGCCUGAGCCUGAGCCUAGGGACAGUCCCCAGCCCGGCCAAGGCCGUAGUCCCGGAGCCACGGCUGCGGCCACGGGUCUGCCCCCAGAGCCUGAGCCAGACAGCACUGAUUACUCAGAACUUGCUGACGCCGACAUCCUUAGUGAGCUGGCCUCCCUCACUUGCCCAGAGGCCCAGCUGCUAGAGGCCCAGGCCCUCGAGCCACCAUCGCCUGAGCCAGAGCCUCAGCUCCUGGACCCCCAGCCCCGCUUCCUGGACCCGCAGGCACUAGAGCCGCUCGGGGAAGCUCUGGAACUGCCACCCCUGCAACCUCUUGCUGAUCCUCUGGGGCUGCCGGGCCUGGCUCUCCAGGCCCUGGACACCCUGCCUGACUCCUUGGAGUCGCAGCUGCUUGACCCCCAGGCACUCGACCCCCUGCCCAAGCUGCUUGACGUCCCAGGUCGCCGUCUGGAGCCCCAGCAGCCCCUGGGGCACUGCCCACUGGCCGAGCCCUUGCGCCUGGACUUGUGCUCACCGCACGGCCCCCCUGGGCCUGAGGGUCACCCCAAGUACGCCUUGCGGCGCACUGAUAGGCCAAAGAUCCUGUGUCGCCGGCGGAAAGCCGGACGGGGGCGCAAGGCAGACGCCGGACCCGAGGGCCGCCUACUGCCCCUGCCUAUGCCCACGGGGCUGGUGGCCGCCCUGGCCGAACCCCCACCACCACCGCCUCCUCCACCCCCUGCCCUGCCAGGCCCAGGCCCGGUCUCAGUCCCAGAGUUGAAGCCGGAAUCUUCCCAGACCCCAGUGGUCUCCACCCGCAAAGGCAAGUGCCGGGGCGUGCGGCGCAUGGUGGUGAAGAUGGCCAAGAUCCCCGUAUCGCUGGGGCGGCGGAACAAGACCACAUACAAAGUGUCUUCCUUGAGCAGCAGCCUGAGCGUGGAGGGCAAGGAGCUGGGCCUGCGCGUGUCGGCUGAGCCCACCCCGCUGCUGAAGAUGAAGAACAAUGGGCGGAACGUGGUAGUGGUCUUCCCGCCCGGUGAGAUGCCCAUUAUUCUCAAGCGUAAGCGUGGCCGCCCUCCUAAGAACCUGCUGCUGGGUCCCGGCAAGCCCAAGGAGCCAGCUGUGGUGGCGGCUGAGGCAGCCACCGUGGCAGCAGCCACCAUGGCCAUGCCAGAGGUGAAGAAACGACGGCGGCGGAAGCAGAAGCUGGCAUCUCCCCAGCCAUCCUAUGCAGCAGACGCCAACGACAGCAAGGCCGAGUACUCAGACGUCCUGGCCAAGCUGGCCUUCCUGAACCGCCAGAGCCAGUGUGCUGGACGGUGCUCACCGCCCCGCUGCUGGACACCCAGUGAGCCGGAGUCAGUGCACCAGGCCCCCGACACCCAGAGCAUUUCCCACUUCCUGCAUCGUGUGCAGGGCUUCCGGCGGCGUGGGGGCAAAGCAGGCGGUUUUGGUGGCCGGGGUGGGGGCCAUGCGGCCAAGUCAGCCCGAUGCUCCUUCAGUGACUUCUUUGAGGGCAUUGGCAAGAAAAAGAAGGUGGUGGCCGUGGCAGCCGCUGGGGUCGGGGGCCCUGGCCUUACCGAGUUGGGGCACCCACGCAAACGGGGCCGGGGGGAGGUAGACGCUGUGACUGGGAAGCCAAAGCGUAAGAGACGGUCCCGGAAGAAUGGGACUCUGUUCCCAGAGCAGGUGCCCAGUGGCCCAGGCUUUGGGGAGGCAGGUGCUGAGUGGGCCGGGGAUAAGGGUGGUGGCUGGGCCCCUCACCAUGGGCACCCAGGUGGGCAAGCUGGCCGAAACUGUGGGUUUCAGGGGACCGAGGCCCGGGCCUUUGCCUCCACUGGGCUGGAGAGUGGAGCCUCAGGCCGUGGCAGCUACUACAGCACGGGCGCACCCUCAGGCCAGACCGAGCUCAGCCAGGAGCGCCAAAACCUCUUCACCGGCUACUUUCGCUCGCUGCUCGAUUCGGAUGACUCCUCCGAUCUCUUGGACUUUGCCCUCUCAGCCUCUCGCCCAGAGUCCCGGAAGGCAUCAGGCACCUAUGCAGGGCCACCCACCAGCGCCCUGCCUGCCCAGCGGGGCCUGGCCACCUUCCCUAGCCGGGGAGCCAAGGCCAGCCCAGUGGCAGUGGGCAGCGGCGGGACUGGGACGGACCCCUCCUUCCAGCCUGUCCUGUCCGCACGCCAGACCUUCCCACCAGGACGGGCAGCGAGCUAUGGGCUAACUCCAGCCACUUCAGACUGCCGGGCGGCCGAGACCUUCCCCAAGCUGGCUCCCCUGCCCUCAGCCGUGGCCCGCUCACCUACCACCCACCCGCCUGCCAACACCUACCUGCCCCAGUACGGCGGCUAUGGGACUGGACAAAGCGUAUUCGCCCCAGCUAAGCCCUUUACAGGCCAGGACUGCGCUAACAGCAAGGACUGCAGCUUCGCCUAUGGCAGCGGCAACAGCCUGCCUGCUUCACCCAGCAGCGCCCACAGCGCCGGCUAUGCCCCACCGCCUACCGGGGGCCCCUGCCUGCCACCAAGCAAGGCCUCCUUCUUCAACAGCUCUGAGGGGGCCCCCUUCUCUGGUUCAGCCCCCACGCCCCUGCGCUGUGACAGCCGGGCCAGCACAGUCUCGCCCGGUGGUUACAUGGUGCCCAAGGGCACCACAGCCUCUGCCACCUCUGCAGCCUCUGCCGCCUCCUCCUCCUCCUCCUCCUUCCAGCCCUCGCCCGAGAACUGUCGGCAGUUUGCGGGGGCUUCUCAGUGGCCUUUCCGGCAGGGCUAUGGAGGCCUGGACUGGGCCUCAGAGGCCUUUAGUCAGCUCUACAAUCCCAGUUUUGACUGCCACGUCAGCGAGCCCAACGUGAUCCUGGACAUCUCCAACUACACACCGCAGAAGGUGAAGCAGCAGACGGCUGUGUCGGAGACCUUCUCCGAGUCAUCCUCCGACAGCACCCAGUUCAAUCAGCCGGUCGGUGGCGGGGGGUUUCGGCGUGCCAACAGCGAGGCCUCAAGUAGUGAGGGCCAGUCGAGCCUGUCCAGCCUGGAGAAACUGAUGAUGGACUGGAACGAGGCGUCAUCUGCCCCCGGCUACAACUGGAAUCAGAGUGUCCUCUUUCAGAGUAGCUCCAAGCCGGGCCGUGGACGGCGGAAGAAGGUGGACCUGUUUGAGGCCCCACAUCUGGGCUUCCCAACGUCCGCCUCUGCCGCUGCCUCAGGCUACCCAUCCAAACGGAGCACCGGGCCCCGGCAGCCGCGAGGUGGACGGGGCGGUGGGGCCUGCUCAGCCAAGAAGGAGCGGGGUGGUGCAGCGGCCAAAGCCAAGUUCAUCCCCAAACCACAGCCAGUCAACCCACUGUUCCAGGACAGUCCUGACCUCGGCCUGGACUACUAUAGCGGGGACAGCAGCAUGUCACCACUGCCCUCACAGUCGAGGGCCUUCAGCGUGGGAGAGCGAGACCCCUGUGACUUCAUAGGACCCUACUCCAUGAACCCGUCCACGCCUUCCGAUGGCACCUUUGGCCAAGGCUUCCACUGCGACUCACCCAGCCUGGGUGCUCCCGAGCUUGAUGGCAAGCAUUUCCCACCGCUGGCCCACCCGCCCACGGUGUUUGACGCCGGCCUGCAGAAGGCAUACUCGCCCACCUGCUCGCCUACACUGGGCUUCAAGGAAGAGCUGCGGCCACCGCCCACAAAGCUGGCUGCCUGCGAGCCCCUCAAGCAUGGGCUCCAGGGGGCCAGCCUGGGCCACGCAGCUGCAGCCCAGGCCCACCUGAGCUGCCGGGACCUGCCGCUGGGCCAGCCCCACUACGAUUCCCCCAGCUGCAAGGGCACAGCAUAUUGGUACCCUCCAGGCUCAGCUGCCCGCAGCCCGCCCUAUGAAGGCAAGGUGGGUACAGGGCUGCUGGCUGACUUCCUGGGCAGGACGGAGGCCGCGUGCCUCAGUGCCCCUCACCUGGCUAGCCCACCAGCCACGCCCAAGGCCGACAAGGAGCCACUGGAAAUGGCCCGGCCCCCUGGCCCACCCCGUGGCCCUGCUGCAGCCGCUGCUGGCUAUGGCUGCCCACUCCUUAGUGACUUGACCCUGUCCCCCGUGCCGAGGGACUCGCUGCUGCCCCUGCAGGACACCGCCUACAGGUACCCAGGCUUUAUGCCCCAGGCGCAUCCUGGCCUGGGUGGGGGCCCCAAGAGCGGCUUCCUGGGGCCCAUGGCGGAACCUCACCCCGAGGACACAUUCACCGUCACGUCCCUGUAGUGCCAACUGAAGUGCCGACUGGACCGCGAGGUUUUGUUCCUGGCUUUCAGAAAACCAACGCCAAGAUCCCUCCCAGCGUCCACAUCGUCCUCUGGCAGGAGCGCCUCCCCCCUCUGCCUCCCACCCUGCCCCCUACACCCCCUGCAGACCCAUCUCCCUCCACCCCCUCCCGCCCAUCUCCUCCACGCAGAAGCCGAAGGUGAGCCCUUUCUGCACAAAACCAGCAAUUGUAAAUACUUUUUAAAAAUGUACAAAACUUAAAAACAAAACACAGUUUUAGAAAAAGACAAAAAAAAAAAAGAGAGAGAGAGAGCGAGAGAGCGAGCGUGUGCAAGAGGUUGCGAGCGGGGCCCCAAGGUGUCCAGAGCCCCUGCAAGUAUGCACUGAGAAAUUUAUCUACAGGUCGUUUGACAAAAAUGAACAAUAUCCUAUUUAUUGUAUAUACUGUUUUAUUAUAAAUCGUGGAUUGUAUAUUGCAUUCUGUAAACCUGCUGUGGUCCCGUGGUGUGCAAAUUCGCAUGGUAGGGGGGAGGGAGAAGAACCUCUUGCGGGAGCUUUUUUUUUCUUUCUUAUUUUUCACUCUUUUGGGUUUUCUCUUCUGUUGUUAUUGUUGUUGUUUUCUGUUGGCAGGACACACCCAAAGAUCCAAGUUUGUAUUAAAAAGAAAUGAAAAAAAGCAAAAAAAAAAAAAAAAAAAAAAAAAAAA